AUGUUCAGGGCAAAAUCGAAAAACGGUGGAAAGACGUUGCGCAGUGAACUCGCACGUAUUGGUCUGAAGUUGCCAGCAGGAAGACGAAAGUCAACAAAUGUGACUUUACUGACUUCACUUGUUGAAGAAGAAGCGCAACAUCUUGCCAAGGAUUUCGCAAGCGCUUGUUUGGCUGAGUUCCCGGCAAAGUCAAUUGCAUGGCGCAAUUUGAGGAAGUACGACAGCAUGUCCAUUAUUGAAUUGGAAAGGCAGAAGGAAAAAUUCCGGGCCACAAAGCAAUUGCUGUCGAAUUUCAUGGAUAUACUGCAGCAGAGCACAAAUGUCUUGUUUUCGGAUGCGCAAGACAGCGAUCUGCAGAACUCGAUGGAGCGGUUCUCACUUAUAACUCAUACGUUCGGCACACCAGCUGUUUUAGCA